AUGACCAUUUCAUCCCUUCUCCGCAUCACACCCCGCCUAGCCCCGACCGCGGCCCACAGGACGGUCAGAACAGUGUCCUCGGUAUCAGGCACAAAUAGCACAAAACAAAAGACAUUAGAUUCAAUUUUGAUUGCGAAUCGAGGAGAAAUUGCAUUGCGUGUUGGACAGACUGCUGCGGAACAUGGAAUUCGCGUUACAACUCUUUACACGGAUCCGGAUAGUCGGUCGCAACAUGCGCUAAGUUCGCCUUUUGCGUUUAAUCUCGGCUCUGUGUCGGCCUAUUUGGAUGGAGAUCGGAUUAUUGAGAUUGCGAAGAAAGAGGGUUGCCGAGGGAUACAUCCUGGAUAUGGCUUUUUGAGUGAGAAUUCCGCCUUCGCCCGAAAAUGCACGGAAGCUGGAAUUGUGUUUAUUGGUCCGCCAUGGAAGGCAAUCGAGGAUAUGGGUGACAAGAGUCGCUCCAAAGAAAUCAUGCUUGCAGCAGGUGUCCCCUGCGUUCCCGGCUACCACGGACAUAAUCAAGAUCCUCAAUUCCUCGAAACCGAAGCCGAUAAGAUCAAAUACCCCGUCCUAAUCAAAGCCAUCAAAGGAGGUGGCGGCAAGGGAAUGCGCAUUGCCAGCUCAAAGGCGGAAUUCCAGGCUCAACUAGAGUCAGCCAAAUCAGAAGCAAUGAACUCGUUCGGCGACGAUAAUGUCUUAAUCGAGAAAUACAUCACAACGCCCCGCCAUAUCGAAGUCCAGGUAUUCGCAGAUAAAUACGGAAACUGUGUGGCACUAGGAGAACGAGAUUGCAGUAUUCAGCGAAGACACCAGAAGAUCCUUGAGGAGUCACCGGCACCGCAUCUACCAGAUACCACGCGGAAAGACCUCUGGGCGAAAGCCAGAUCCGCUGCUCUAGCCGUCGGAUAUGAAGGUGCGGGAACUGUGGAGUUCAUUUUUGACAAUGAUAGUGGCGAAUUCUACUUUAUGGAGAUGAACACUCGGCUGCAGGUUGAGCAUCCUGUGACUGAGAUGGUUACAGGUCAGGAUUUGGUUCACUGGCAGAUUUUGGUUGCAGAGGGAUCUCCUCUCCCGCUGACACAGGAGCAAGUGGAGGAAAAUAUCGCUCGCAGUGGACAUGGAAUUGAGGCGCGUAUCUAUGCCGAGAACCCGAAUCAGGGAUUUAUUCCCGAUUCCGGACGCUUGAUUCAUGUGCGAACACCCGCUACAACGGAGGAUGUUCGUAUUGAUGCUGGGUUUGUCGAAGGCGACGAAGUUUCCGCGCAUUACGACCCAAUGAUUUCAAAGCUGAUUGUUCGCGGAAAAACUCGCGAGGAAGCUAUUCGCAAACUCGGCGCGGCGCUGGAACAGUACGAAGUCGCUGGCCCCGUGACAAAUAUUGAGUUCCUAAAGGCUCUCUGCCGCAGUCCUGACUUUAUUGAUGGUGAAGUCGAGACAGGUUAUAUUGAAAAGCACCGCGAAGAGUUAUUUGCGCCAAAGCCUAUCGAAGACGAAGUUCUGGCCCAGGUUGCUCUUGCCUGUCUACACCGUGACUCACACUCGGCUGCUCGUCCAUCUAGCGGGGUUUCCGGGUCCGCAAUUGGAUUCGCUUCAAGUUACAUGCAGCGACAACUAUCAUUUAUUGAAUCGACGGGACCUAACGGCGAUGGCCAAACUCUACAUGUCCGUGUUCAACAAAUAGCAGAUCAGACCUUCAAUGUUGAAAUAGGAGAAAGAGUCUUCGAGCAAGUGGAGAGCCGGAUGGACCCCGUUUCGCAUAUCGUGACAUCUUUCUUCCCACACACCCGACUAGACACAACCGUUGUUCAAGACGAGGACACCGUCAUUGCAUUCCAGCGCGGUGUGCAAUACCGCCUAGCCGUGCCUCGGGCCAAAUGGAUGGAAAAGGCCCUAGGAAUGAAAGAUGUGGCCAACAGUGUGCUUGCGCCGAUGCCCUGCAAGAUCCUGCGGGUAGAUGUUCAGGCUGGUGAUUUGGUUGAGAAGGACCAGCCUUUGGUUGUUAUUGAAAGUAUGAAGAUGGAAACGGUUAUUCGUAGUCCACAACAAGGAAAGAUUGCUCGCAUAGUUCAUAAAGAAGGAGAUCAAUGCAAGAGCGGGACUCCUCUAGUCGAAUUUGCCGAAGAGUAG